GGCCCCCGGCGAUCUAUUCCGGAUUGCAGCCGCGCCUUUUAAGAAGAGGAAGACGAGGAGGCGGAGGAGGUCUGCGUGUGCCUUGCCUCUUCGAUUCCUUCCGGUCUCUUCUUCUUCUUCUUCUGCUUUCUCGUUCGGAGCGCGAAAGGAGGUUGCUUUGCGUCGCUUCAUCUCCGUCGUUGCAAGGUUUUGGGACUGCAUAUUUUCUUUGGUAAACGAUAGUUGGAUAAAUGGGUUCCGAAGGACCUUCUAGCGUUACUGUUCACAUUACUGGAUUUAAGAAGUUCCAUGGAGUCGCGGAGAAUCCGACUGAGAAGAUUGUGAGCAAUCUCGAGUCGUUUAUGGAAAAGAGAGGGUUGCCGAAAGGUCUAAUACUUGGAAGCUGCACUGUUCUUGAGACUGCUGGUCAGGGUGGGCUUGGUCCAUUGUAUGAUGUGUUCGAGUCAGCUAUUGUAGACAAAGAGUACGGAUUGUCUGAUCAGACGCAAGUGAUUCUGCUCCAUUUUGGAGUCAACAGUGGCACAACAAGGUUUGCCCUUGAGAACCAAGCUGUUAAUGAAGCUACCUUCCGUUGCCCUGAUGAGUUGGGAUGGAAGCCACAGCGGGCCCCUAUUGUGUCAUCUGAUGGAAGUAUCUCAAAUACAAGAAAGACCACCCUGCCCGUGGAUGAAGUGAACAAAUCCCUACAGCAGAUGGGCUUCGAUGUGGCGCCUUCAGAUGACGCUGGUCGAUUUGUCUGCAACUAUGUCUACUACCAGUCUCUUAGGUUUGCAGAACAGCGUGGUAUCAAGUCUUUGUUCGUCCAUUUCCCCCUCUUCACGACAAUUCGCGAGGAGGUUCAGAUGAACUUCGUUGCUUCCCUUCUCGAAGUUCUUGCUUCCCUGAAAUAUGCACAGUAAUAUAAUGGAGGUCAGCUCCUACUUUCUGAAGCUUCUUCUCCCCACCAUUUUAUUAGGAACUGCAAAGUGACAGACCUCUAGUGCUGUGUUUGUUGUCCGCCUGUAGGCCGCCGCAUUUGCUGUGAAGAUAAAGUUGGCGAGAAUAAGAUUGUAAAAUCAUUCAUGACAUUAUCUCUUCUCCAAACUGUGUAUAAAAAAAAUGCUGAUUAGAGCGUUUGAUCUUGUGGUGA